AUGAUCAUGAGUGGAUGGGAAAGGAGAUCAUCAGAAGUACCACCCUCCGAUAAAACUCCUCCUAUUCACUCAACAAGUACAAAAUCCACACAUGUUCUUAAGAUUGAUGAUCUCCCUGACUUUCUGUUGGUUGAAAUCCUAUGUCGGCUUCCUAGCAAGGAAUUCGUUUUCCAAUGCAAAUGUGUUUCCAAGCAUUGGCUCAAUCUCAUCUCAGAUCCUUAUUUGAUUGGCCGCUUUCUACAUCUUCAAAGAUUUCAUAAGCAAACCCCAAUAGCACAUUCUCUGAUAGAUAGAAGAGGGGAGGAAUUCCCCACUCCUGGAACAACACAGUCGUCAUCCAAUCUGCUAGCUCCCCUGUUCGAAAGACUCAUGGGUUUCCACGGUCUGAAAGAAAAGCCAUAUAUAGUAGGAACAUGUAAUGAUUUAGUUUUGUGCUGCCAAACUCGACAUGACCAAGACCAACUUGAUUUCUACAUUUGCAAUCCAUGCACAAGGAAAUGGAUUGCUCUUCCUCCCACCACCCGAAGUCGCACGAAUGUACCAGUUGGAUUCAUCUGUGAUCGCUACUAUGACGAGGAAGAUAGUACUAGUGGUACCAAUAGUACUGUUAAUAUUAAAAAGGACUACAGGUGCAAGGUUGUGAGAAUUCUUCCUCAUGAUUUAUCUAAAUCUUUUUACGAUUGUGCUUCGAAAUUCAUUGUUGAGGUAUUCUCUUUUGAGACUGGUGAAUGGAGAGAGUCAAUUGUAUCAUCCCCACGAAGCAUUAACAUUGGAGACACUAGCGUUGCUUACAAUGGAAUGUUGUAUUGGACAUAUACGGCAUAUGAGCCUCGUGAGGAGACCGGGCUUAUUAGGCUGGAUCCGUUUAUGCUCGACAAUGGCAGUGCUGGUAGUGGUAGGCCUAAUGGUGAUGUGACUGGUGACGAUGAUCAGUACAAAUUUUAUAUCUUUGAUGCAGUUGAUAAGUUUUUAGAAAGGCCAUGA